AUGAUAUUUCUAGCAAAAAAAGAAGAAAAUUACAAAUCUGAUAAAAGUCAUGCAACGUUUAACCUUACUGAUAUUUCUGCACCAAUACAAAAACAUGAAAAUCCAAACCAACGUGCCAGUUGUAGUUCAAGUCAAGAUCUCAUACCUUUGGCAAUUGAUGAUGUUCAAAACCAACGUGCCAGUUGUAGUUCAAGUCAAGAUCUCAUACCUUUGGCAAUUGAUGAUGUUCAAAACCAAUGUGCCAGUACCAGUUCCAGUCAUGAACUUGCGAUUGGAAUUGAAGUGUCAGAAUUUGGAAAUGAUCCUGCAGUGUUUAACUCAAUUCAUAGAAUAAGCCCUGAAAUAAUUGAAUAUUUAUUUAAAUGUGGACCAAUGCAGCCAUUCUCUCAUGAAAUGCCCGCUGAAUGUUUUCCUAAAAAUUCUCAAGGUAGAUCAUUUCAUGGUAGUUGGUUUUGGAAAAAACUACCCAGUGGAGAAUCAGUUCGACGAAAGUGGAUGUCCUAUUCUCGGAUCAAUGACCGAUUAUAUUGUGUUCAUUGUGCACUAUUUGGUAAAAAUAAGAAAUGUAAAUGGGUAUGCAAAAUGUUUUCAGAUUGGAAGAAUGGACCUGUCAAAAUUUGCAAACACGAAGUUACGGAAAAUCAUACUUUUGCCUCGAUUAAAGCAAUAUAUAAAGAAGCAGCUUUCCCUCUAAUUCAAUCAAUGAAAGAAAAUGAAAUGGAAAAACUAAUAAUGAAUAAAGAAGUUAUCAAAAAUUUAAUAGACAUCACUUUAUAUUUAGGUAGACAUAACUUACCAUUUAGAGGCCAUAGAGAAGGUUGGCAAGAUAAAAUCCGUGGAAACUUUAAAGAUUUAACUAUUUUAUUAGCAAAAUAUUCAUCACCAUUAGCAACACAUUUAACCGAAGUUCAAUUAAAGGGUAAACACACAUAUAAUUUUAUCUCAUGGCAACGGCAAAACCAAUUGAUUCAAGCUAUUGCCACUCAUAUACGUAAUUCAAUCAAGUAUGAGCUUGUUAAUGCCAAAUAUUUUGCUGUGUCUAUAGACACUACAUUUGAUAUUUCUCGAAAAGAGCAGUUGUCAAUAGUGUUUCGGUACAUAAAUAAAAACACAGGUGAUGUCUGUGAAAGACUAAUAGCUGUCCGACAAACUUUAUCAACUACUGGCCAACAUUUGUUUACAAUAUUCAAUGAUAUAUGUGAAGAAAUGGAUAUAGAUUGGAAAAAAUAUCUAAUUGGCCAAUCGUACGAUGGUGCAGCUUCAAUGAGAGGUGCCUACAAUGGAUUGCAGGCCAUAAUAAAAGAACAUAAUCCUUCUGCUACAUAUGUCUGGUGUUGGGCUCACAGAUUUAGUUUAGUAAUAGUAGAUGCAGUAAGUAGUUGCUCCCAGGCCAAAAAUCUAUUCGAAAGAUAUCCUGGUAAGCCAUUACAUAGAUUAAAAAGAGUAGAAACUACCAGGUGGUCAUCCCAUUCUGCUGCUCUUCAUACAGUUUUUGAGACAUACGAUUCAUUAAUUGACACAUUGAACGAGUUACAAAAUGAUGUUGAUCGUAUUACAAGUGUUAAGGCUGGAACUUUAUUAAAUUAUUUACUUACAUUUUUACAAGGUGUACAAAUUGAUUUAUUGGCUGCUACCAAAUAUAUACAAUGUGUAUUUGAAAAAAUUCAAGCCUUCAGAGAUGAUAAUCAAUUUGAAAAGUUUAUCGAAGUUAAAAAUCAAUUUAUAUCAUCUAAAAGUGAUGAAUUUUCUUUCACGCCAUUAGUAGCAAAUAGAAGAAGAACAAAAAAGAAAAUGCCGGGUGAAAUUAUGUCUGAUGAACCUAUCAGCUGUCCGCUUACAAAUUUUAAAGUUAACACAUACUUCACAAUCAUUGAUAUUGUGUGUACUCAAAUUAGAGAAAGAUUUAAUGACCAGUCAACACCACUAUAUAAAGAUUUAUCACUUUUUCAAGUAAAAAGAAUAAUAGAAGUAAAGGAAAAUUCAAAUUUACCAACUGAUGCAUUUAAUGGUUUUGAAAAAUUGUAUGGACAAUUUGUAAAGGCUGAGGAUUUGAGACGUGAAUACAAACAGUUUGAAAACUCAUAUUUAAUGUUUGAAAAAUUAAUAAAAUUACCAGAGAAGAUACAUAAGCAAAUAUCAUGUGAUGAUGAUAGCAAUGAUGAAACCGAAGAAGAGAAUACAGAAAAUCAAAUUAUGUCAACAACCUAUGGAACAAUUAACACAGUAUACAAGGUAUGUCAACAAAAUGGACUAAAAGAAGUGUUUCCAGCUAUUUUUACAGCGUUAAGCAUUGGAUUAAGUUUACCUGUAUCAAGCCCAUCUCCAGAACGAGCCUUCUCAAAAUUAAAACUUAUUAAAAGCAAAUUAAGAAGUACAAUGGCAGAAGAACGAUUGGAUUCUCUAAUGUUAAUAUCAUGUGAAAAUGAUAUUGACAUUGACUCUGAUUCAGUUAUUAAUAUUUUCACAUCAUAUAGUACAGUGCUAAAAAAAAUAUUAUGCUAA